CCGUUAAGCAAUUUCCCGUCAGCAGGGUCCGUCCACACCGUCUGUCUGCAUCUGAAUGAAGGGUCAUGCUCGUGUCACGCUUGCUGUGGUGAAACGAGGGAGGUUCGGCAUCCUUGGUCAGAUCUGAGUGGGGAGGUGACACUGCUCGUCCCUCAGACACUGGCCAGGUGAUGCCAGCUUGAUCCAGAGCCAUGUCCAGGUACCUGAAGCACUUCACGGUGGUGGGUGAUGAUCCUGUGCAGUGGAGCAACGACUAUCAGAAGUGGGAGGAGGAGGAGGAAGCUGGGGAGAAUGAGGCAAAGCAGCAAGAUUCAGAGAUCAAGCUGGAGCCUACCAGGAGCCGUGUCUCCUUCCAGGAUGUGAUGAAAAAGCUCUUCAGCUCCCACAGGUUUCAGAUUGUGGUUGUCUGCUUGGUCAUCUUUGAUGCCUUGUUGGUCCUUGGGGAGUUGCUUAUGGACUUGAAAAUCAUCCAUCCAGACAAAUACCAUAUAACCCCAAAGGUUUUCCACUACCUCUCCCUCUCCAUUUUAUCAAUCUUCCUGGUUGAGGUGGGGUUUAAAGUCUUCAUCUAUGGGCGGGAGUUCUUCCACCACAAGUUUGAGGUGCUGGAUGGGAUCGUCGUCGUCGUCUCGUUUAUCCUCGACAUCGUCCUCAUCUUCCGGGAGCGUGAGUUUGAAGCUGUCGGGCUGCUGAUCCUGCUGCGGCUGUGGCGGGUGGCCAGGAUUAUCAACGGAAUCAUCUUGUCGGUGAAGACUCGCUCUGAACAGCAAGUGUCCAAGCUAAAGCAAGCAAACCUGAAGCUUGCAAUGAGGGUGGAACAACUGGAAAACAGCUGCAUGGAGAAGGAGCAAGAAAUUGAGAGGCUUAACAAGAUACUAAAACAGCAUGGACUCAGCAGCGAGCUAAAAUAGGCGGCCAGUUUCCUGAGGUGCCCUGGAGAGUGCAGUCUUGUAACCUACCAGUCUGACCUGAAAGGUUUUGCUGUCUCUUUGCUUUCUCUUGUAUAGUGUUGUCUAUAAACAUUUUCUAUUUGAUCAGGUUUUGAUUAACAUCUUAGGAUUGCAGAAUAGUUUUGUUGGAAAAUUAAUCAAGUGUGCUCCCUGUAAACAGUGAUUUCAUAUGACCUUUAUUGGACAAAUGUACAGUCAAAGCUGCAAAAUAAUUUAAUAAAGACCCAUCUUUACAAGCUAAACAGCCACAAAA